AUGGCCGACAUCCACCCGCAACAUAUCCACACGCACCACGGCGCACACGCCUUUGCGCCGGCGAGCCCGUGCGCCGACGACUAUGCCGGCGAGGUUGCGCUCCUGCGAGCCUCACUCGCCCACCUCGCGGGCCAGCUCGAGGCCGAGAAGCAGCGCGUGUCGGCGCUCGAGGCGCAGCGUCGCGCCGACGAGGAGAAGGUGACGACGCUGCGCUCGAUGGUCGAGGAGUCGCGCCGCGCCCUCAUGCGCCUCCAGCUCGAGGCCAGCAAGCGCUCGAACGAGGCGUCGCCGUCGUCGCGCCGCGGCUCGAUCGACGUCGACUACUCGUUCCCGCCUCGGCGAGGCUCGCUCCUCACCAUGGACCGCAACCUGCCCCGACGCCGGUCGUCGCUCGGUCUCGGUGCCAUCACGGGCUCGCCGGUCGACAGCCCGUCGACGCCCGUCGACGAGCAGCCGCCGGUCCUCGCCGGCCUCGGCUUCGCCCUCGAGUCGCGCGCCGACGCGCCCAACAGCCUCCUGCGGGCCGCGACGCCCAACUCGCUCGCGCGGUACGCCCACCGCCGCGGGUCGGCGAGCAUAGCCGUCGCGCCGCAGGACGACGACGACGCGCAGCGCAUGGGCCGCCUGCGCGAGCUGCGCCUCGGCGUGCACUCGACCAAGAUUGCGUCGCGCCGCAGCUCGGCCGUGUCGGGCCUGCCCGACUUUGUCCAGGCGGGCGAGUUCGAGCGCGACCUCGAGCGGCGGUCCGGGCGCCGGCUCAGCACCGUGUCGUUCUCGGGCCGGGUCCGCACCGACGGCGGCGGCGACGUCGCCACCUCCGACGGCGAGUCGCCCAUCUCGGCCAACCUGAACCUCCUCGGGCGCAAGCAGUCGCUCGCCGUGUUCGAGGCUUGGAGCCGGCGCUCGUCGACGGCCGACUCGUCGUGCGGCGCAUGGUCGAGCAGCGGCGACUCGCACGACGCGACCGACGAGCAGCUCGUCGAUCUGCGGCUGCAGCUCGAGGGCCUGCGGAUCCAGCUCGUCGAGGCCGAGGAGGGCCGCCGCGCGAGCGAGGCGUGCCUCGCCGCCCUGCGCGCCUACAUCACGUCGUCCGACUCGUACGACGAGCCGAGCCACGGGCUCGGCAUGUCGCUGCCGCCGCUGCCGACCGACGCUGCCGUCGACGCCCUCGGCGACUCGACGCCGUCGACGGCGCACUGCGCGAGCCCGGCGCCCGCCGCGCCCCGCCGUUCCUCACGGUGGUCGAUCCCGCGCCUGUCGUUCUCGCUCCCGAGUCGCGAGGCCGGCACGCCGUGCACCAUGUCGCGCAAGGAGUCGACGGCGUCGAACGCGUCGGGCUCGACCCUGUUCGACAACGCGAACCGUGCGGCGCCGUCGUCGACGACGACGACGACGGGCACGCCGUCGUUCGGCGCCUUCUCGUUCUCGACGCUCGUGUCGCGCUCGGCGACGACCGUGUCGGCAGAGACGUCGCCGCGCAUGCGGUGCGGUCAGUCGCCGUUGGCCGACUCGUUCCCGGUCGACCCCUCGCCGCUCAUGCGCUCGCACUCGUCGUCGUCCGUCUCGACCCGCAACGGCGGCGGCAGCCACUCACACUCGGCGUCGAUCGACGACGCGGCGUCGCUCGCCGAGUCGGUCGCGCCGUCGCUCGUGUCGGACCGCGACUCGGCGUCGGCGUGGUCCGCCUCGUCGUCGCGCUCGACCUCGCCGAGCCCCAAGCUGCGGCACCUCGCGUUGCUCGGCGGCGUCGACCACGACGGCGUCGUCGCACGGCCCGAGGUCGACCUCGCCGCCGAGGAGGCGUCGGCGCACCCGUUCGCGCUCUCGGAGAGCUUUGGCCUCGGGCUGUCGUCGCCGGACGCGUCGUGCACGGGCCACGAUGCCGUCGUCGAGGCGGCGCGCAUGCCCAUGGUCAAGGGCAGCCUGGUCGCCCUCUCGAGCGCUGUGCGGCAGAGGGCCUGA